UGUCUCAAGUGAUUUAAUAAGUAUGUACAAAAUACAUUGCCGAAAGAAAAAAAAAUCAAAAAUGAAUUAUGCUCUGGUAGUUAAGACUAAAUUAAAAAUAUCUUUCAGAAUCGUGUUAUAGCGUUAAGCUUGCGGUUAUAUAAAAAAAAAUGUACACACUGUAUAACAAUGCCCCUCAUUAUCACGUACAAAUUACGCGAAUUGCGAAUCUAUCCGUCAUAGUAAUAAAAGAACAGUAUGUACGCGGCUUACGCAAAGUGUACGUUAUUAUCUCCGCGUGGCAAUUGAUAACAUUUACAAUAAGCGUUUUCCCAUAUCGCACGUUAGUCUCACGCCAACGCUAUUGCCGGGGCGACGCGAGCGCAUCGGUAGAUUUAAAUUACGAAUUAGUUGACAAUAAUUAGUCAUCGGGAAAAUACGCUUUUUAUAAUUUGGGUCAAAAUAUAAAGUAUCUAGAAUUAGGAACGUGUUAUUUUAUUUGUGCCAAUAUCAGUGCGCGUUCGUUUUAAUUAAUCUAUCAAUUCAAUAAAAUUACGAGUAACCAAAGUUAGUCAUACAGUAUUGACGUUGGCGUUCCAUCGAAUCGGAAUUUAGUGUAAUCGCCAAAGAUGCGUUUACCAUGUCGUUUGGCAACAGCGGGUCUCACAUUUAUCUGCGCCAUGAUUUUACUAAUACGAGUGUCCAGCCUUGGAGCCCCGACUGGCCCAAUAGUGCACCCUGCAGGGCGCGCCGCCCGCGCCGCUCGCUUUCCCAGCGAAGAUCCACAAACUACCAAUUCGUCCCCUCAGAAUGGACUUGAGAACAUUACGUAUCCUUCACAACGGCGGCAAUACGUUGUAGAGAUGAUGCGCCAUGCGUGGAACAAUUACAAACUCUACGCGUGGGGCAAGAACGAGCUGAAGCCGAUCUCCAAGCGCGCCCACCUCUCCAGCGUGUUUGGGAACGGCGAACUGGGCGCUACCAUCGUCGAUGGACUCGACACGUUGUACCUCAUGGGGCUGCGGGACGAGUUCCGAGAGGGCCGCGAGUGGGUUGCGGAACAUCUAAAUAUUGGGGAAGUCGAUUCCGAGCUGUCGGUGUUCGAGACGAACAUCCGCUUCGUCGGCGGUCUGUUGUCCUGCUACUCAUUAACUGGCGACAGCAUCUUCAAGGAUAAGGCUGUAGAGGUCGCCGACGCGCUGUUGCCAGCGUUCGAGACUCCCACCGGCCUGCCUUAUGCUCUCAUCAAUCCCUCCACUAAGGCGAGUCGGCAGUACCACUGGGCGGGACCCAACAGCAUUCUGUCAGAAAUCGGCACCCUGGAUCUGGAAUUUAAGUAUUUGAGCGACAUCACGGGGAAAGAUGUGUACAGAAAAAAGGUGGAGCGCAUCCGUGACGUGCUAAACAACAUCGAGAAGCCGAGCGGACUGUACCCUAACUUCAUCAACCCUCGCACCGGGCAGUGGGGACAGAGGCACAUGUCUCUUGGAGCGCUCGGUGACUCGUUCUACGAGUACCUCCUGAAGGCGUGGCUGAUGUCCGGACAGACGGACGAGCAGGCGCGUGCCAUGUUCGACGAAGCCAUGCCCGCCGCCUUGGACAAGAUGUUGAGGGUCUCGCCUUCUGGCCUCUCGUAUCUGGCUGAGAUGAAGUAUGGAAGGAUAUUGGAAGAGAAGAUGGAUCAUUUAUCGUGCUUUGCAGGCGGCAUGUUCGGGUUGGCGUCCACAACAUUAGAGAACACAUUAUCAGAGCGGUACAUGGACGUGGCCAAGAAGCUGACACACACCUGCCACGAGAGCUACGCGCGCUCCGAGACCAAACUAGGACCGGAGGCAUUCAGAUUUUCAGGUGCCGUUGAAGCGAGAGCGCAGAAGAGCAACGAGAAAGUGUACUUACUACGGCCGGAGACCUUCGAGAGCUACUUCAUCAUGUGGCGCCUCACCAAAGACCAGAAAUACCGAGAUUGGGGAUGGGAGGCUGUGCAGGCGUUGGAGAAACACUGCCGCGUGGAGGGCGGGUACACGGGUCUCGUGAACGUGUACCACAGCAAGCCGCAGGGCGACGACGUGCAACAGAGUUUCUUCCUCGCCGAAACGCUGAAGUACCUGUACCUGCUGUUCGCCGACGACUCGCUGGUCCCGCUGGACGAGUGGGUGUUCAACACGGAGGCGCACCCGCUGCCCGUGCGCGCGCGCAACGCGCUGUACCGCGCCGCGCGCCCCGCCGAGCCCGCCCUCGACAACCAACUCUAAACUUACGGUAUUAGGCUGCGGUCGCAGACCAACUUGACCAUUGUACGCUCAGUAACGGUAUCUCACUAAUCAUUUCGAAAAUAGAAUUUUCAGAUUAAGAAUGUAAGGUUCGCAUUCAAUUUUUAUUUAGAGUACCGCUGAUUGGCCUAGGGCCACGUUCCAAGGUUAGCCAACCGUUUAUACAGGCUUAAAAUGUACUGUUAACUUCGAGUUUAAACGGUCAACUCCGAGUUAGUUGGCUAACCCUGGAAUAUGCAAGUGGCUCCUGGCGGGGCAGUAAAAGAUGGAUCACGUAAGCGACCACACAUGAGGUCGCGUAAAAAUUAUGUGAGAGCGUGAUCACUUGUAAAAACGACCGACCGUUACUUGUCAAGUCGGAAACGAACAGAAAAUUGACAAUUGUCAGUGGAAUAGGCCCCAGAGGGUCUAGCCGAGUGACAGCAGUUUAUAGAAAAUAUCAAUCGAAACUUUUACCUUUAUGAAAAAUUUAACCCUAUCGCUUUGUAAUAAAGUUCAAAAGUAGAUGGGAAAUAUAUUCCCUCUGAUUAUAAAGGCUUAAAUAAUGAAUGAAAAUCAGAAAUCAUCGCAUUUAUUGAAUGAAUUGAAUGGCGAUUAUCAUGUAAAUUUUCGUGCUCAUCUAAAAUCAUGGCGAUUGGUGAUACCUAUUUACUUUUCAGUUGGCAUUUAUAGAUAAUAUGAGGAAAAUGUCUAAUGAAUAUUUGAUCUUUACUGGCCCAAUCACUCUGCGUCGGUCGCCGAAUGCAAACUAUGAGGUUGCCGUCAACCGGCAUUGUUUAGAUUUGGCGAACGGACCUAGUAAUCACGCCCAUAUUUACAUAAUAAAGGCCGGCUACAUCUACUAUAAGAUAUGUUAAUAUUGUUUAAGUUCCGUUCUUCUGAAUUAGUAAUAAACACAUACGCAGUUCAAUAACUAUUAUUAGACCGUUAUUAAUUUUCGAAAACUUACGUAAGAAUCGGCACAUACUAUUACUAAAAGGGGAUUUCCGGAGCCGAAAAAUAAUGAAACUUAUUGUUAUGGUAUUAAUGACAAAGCGGCAUGGGUAGAUGGCAUUUAAAUUGCGUUGAGUUUGAAGAACUCAUUAAGAUUGCUUACUCUUCGUCUUGAAAAUCUCAGGUCCUCAACAAAAAAGUUACACCCGAGUGGAAGUUUUGGUACAGGGUGGUAGUUUUAUUAUUGAAAAAUAUAUUUCGUUAAAAUGUAUAAAACUUUGGUUUUCGGAAAGGUGAAAAUUUAAUUACAACUAAAUAUCUUAUGUCCACUGCUAAAUCGAAGAAUGAAAAAGACGAAGAGGGGUUGUCGUUGAGAUUCAAGAUGGCGAAGACGUCUCGAGAAUAUUUUUUUGUGUUUUGCUCAUUAAUGUUGUUUAAAGUGCAAUAUUGAUAGCUUAUUAUGCAGUGAACUAUCAUGGAAGUGUGCAGUUAAUGGAGAACUAAUCUUGAAACGCGUUUAACCAUGUUUUAAUCUACACCCGGCAAUCCAUCGUGGCUUUUAGUAAAGUCCAGGAAUUUCUUUACUAAAAGCAACUACCGAACGUCAUGCUCUACGAGCACACUUAAAAGUUACUACUGAACAACGACAUUUGGCAUUGGCAAAAUCAUCAUAGAUUUGAUGGAGACCAUAUUUAAAAAGAUGAAAAAGAUGAAUUGUAUUUGUAAGGCACGAAUUUUGUCUUAGAAUUUUUAAAAGUCGUGUUUGAUGUACCAAGAUUAUGUGACCAAAAGAUUUACUCUUUUAGAUAACGUUAUAGGUAAUUUCUUACCAGGUGUUACUUAUUAAAAUCACAUAUUAGCGUGAAUAUCAUUUUAAUGUGACGGCAAAUAUCAAGAUUGGUUAUUUUAUAGUUGAUACUUUUUCCUUUUUAUAAUUCUUCUCAAUAUUGAUUUUUUUAAAGUUCCGUUGCCAAAGAGUAAAAACGGGACCCUAUUACUAAGACUCCACUGUCCGUCUGUCUGUAUGUUUUUCACUAGGCUGUAUCUCAUGCAAUGUGAUACCUAAACAGUUGAGUUUAAGUGGGGCUCCCAUACAAGAAACGUGAUUUUUUUGCCGUUUCUUGCUUAAUGGUACGGAACCCUUCGUGCGCGAGUCCGACUCGCAUUUGGCUUUUCUAGAUAGUUGUUUCUUCUAUAUCUUAGUUAUAACUAUAGUCCAUCUAUGGUAACUCUGCAACGACUUUACAAAGACAAAGUGUGGACAUGCCACUAUGAACGAUAUAUUUUCAUUAAAAAUAAGACUUUUAUUGUGACACCUCCACACUGUAAAGUUGUUGCAGAGUAGUCCGAUUCUAUACGCUAUUUUAUUUAUGAUGAUGAACUAAGUGAUGUUUAUGAAUCUUAUCGUCUGAAUUGUGAGAAAAUGACUCGUAGCUGCUUAUUUUAUUACUUUUCAACAACCGUGGCCAGUUACAGUGAGUAUUAUUGGCCAUUAAUUUAGUUUCGUUUCCACCAUACCUACCCUCAUUGCUUUCUAUAUAGUCGUGGGUACGUUCCUUCCCUGUACCUAUGUUUAAAGCGAAUGUACAAAUGUUAUACUAUAAUGAAAUAUUCCUCAUGAAUUUCUAAUACACUUCAAGUAAACUUUUUAUAUGCAAGCAGGUCGAAUUCGGUCAUUCCUUGUGUGCGGACCUUAUUCAUGAUACCUUAAGAUCUAAUUUAGAAUAAAACCCCAUUUAAAAAAAAGUCCUCAACUCAUAUAUAUAUGUGGCUUUUCAUCCAUAGAGAGGUCCUUAUUCAUAUGAAGCAUAAGGACCCUUCUCUGAUAGAAACCACAUAUUUUAACUUAUAGUACUUUUCACAUAGCUUGGGUAUUGACAGCAGUCAUCUCCAUACAUUUUAUAAUCUUAAAACGCAAAAAUGUACGAGAUGACAGAUGCCACCGUCCCAAAGCUAUUUGAAAAAUACUAAAGUGGUAUUUUUUCUUCCCACGAAAUAAUAUAAAAUUAUUAUACACUACUCAAACCAAUACACAUUACAAUCAAACUUACUUCGUAAUAGGUAUACUUAUUCACUCUUCAUACUAGCAAUGAUUUUGUAUUUACAUCUAUACCUUGUAAAAUGUAGUUUAGAAAAUUAUACUAAGAUAUUAGCUACAAUUUUCUAUACAAGCUCGUAAUAAGUAUCAAGAUGGUUAACAUAAGGUGGAAAGUGUAUACUUAUUUAUGACCAUGACUGUCAGUGUAAGUCGCCUUUCAAAUUAUGUAGCUACAAUUUUGAGGAGACUUACCGGUGCGUCACCGUGAACCUUGUCGCAAUGCACGAAGGUUGAUAUUGGGCUGCCGCGCGUGUCGGCUGAUGCCUUUGGCGGUGAAAGGGUUAACUUUGAGUUAAGUCACUGAUGGUCCUGUACAGAGUGUUUUUACUUUAACAGUGUGGGAAAAAACUGAAAUAAACAGAAAAAUAUGUAAUGGAAAUAUUAUCCUCUCUUUUGAAAAAAAAUAAGUAUGGUGUAGUGUGAGUUGUACUCAAGGCUGGUGGCGGGCAGUUGUAUGACCAAUGGCUAAGAGUAGGAUGAGGGACAUAGGUGGGGCUGCCCCCCCCCCCCCCCCCCUUGGUAACGCCCAUGGUUGUACUUAAAUUUAUAACCACGUUUCACUCCAACUAUAGUUAUUUACGAUACAAGUGCAGAAAAUAGGAAACUGGCAACGAGUGGUUAUAAAUUGAAACACGACUUAAGGGAGUGUUUAUAAUCGACAAGAGUUGCAAAUUACCUAUUCGCACGUGUAUCGUACAACGUUCUACAGUACAUAUGCCUAUGCAACGCGUGCGGGAAAGUAGCAACAUAUUAUGUACUGUAAAAGUUAUUUAUUCCUAAAAGGUAUCUUGUAAGCUCUAUAGAAAAUGGCGUCGCAGCGCAGUUGCGUGAACGUUGCGUUGAGCAGCAGCCAUGCUGUACGCCGACGCUUGUAUCUUCCACACUUUAGGAUUUAUCCACACUAUCGUAGUUAAACAUUCUGUAUUUUUUUUUAUACAUUGACAGUGUUGCUCAAGUCAAUUAGAAUCAAAUGUAGUGCUUUCCGAUUUUUUAUUCCUUUAUUCAAAGAUAUAAUGGCUGAAUACCACUCUCAAGAGCGCAUCGACUGCUCAGUUAUUAAUAUACACGGCCAAUGGCACAACAAAAAUGUUACUAACCAGUAUUUUAACUUGAUACAACCAUCAAAUCAGAUCCUACAAUAAGUUCAAUUAUCGUUUUGUAAACUUUGGGUUUAAGUGCUCGGAAGUCAAAAUCGAUUGGAUGUUUUUAUUAAGUUAUACUGCUCAUAAAUAAUAUUUUUGUCCUGCCAAUGACCUUUCCCGGGCAUUAUUUACGACUCGAAGCACAAACACUUACAUUUGUGAUUUUUGAAUACUAUUGUAUAAUCAGAUAUAUACGAUAACAAUUAAAAUGUAAUAUAUAAAUUAAUGAUCACUCUUAAUAUUAUAGUAGAAUAAAAGUAAACUAUGUAUUUAAUUCAAUUGAAUGUUAAUGAUAUUCAAACAUAACGUUAGGGCUUGAUUUAUUUAUUUAAGUUAAUUUUACUUACUUAUUAUAUUUAUUUUAUUUAUGAAUACUUGUCAGAUCUCGUGCUUUAGAACUUUGAGAUUGUUUAUAUUUUCAUAAUAAUUCGAUAUUAAUAUUAUAUACCAAACAUAUCUGUGAAUUACAUUUAAUUAAUGUAUUAGUAGAUGAAUUAAUAUAAAAUGUAGGACCCUUCGGCCUAAAUGAGGCUUGGUUGGACCCGAGCCGUUGCGUCCAGGUCUAUCGACAACUCGAUGACUACAGUUAUGUAUUAUUAUGAUGUAUAGUUGUUAACAUUAUUUUCAAUUCAUUAUACAUAUAUUUUUUCUAUUUACUUAUUAUUUAAAUUCCCAGAUCAAUCUUUAAACAAGAAAGAGGGUUAAUUAUGUUUUAACUUUUAACCUUUUGAACGAUUUCUCUCGCAUCAAAAUUUGGCAUACACAACUAGUGAGAAACGAAUUUAAACCUUAUCUGUCAACAGUAAAAUUGCUUUGACAGCGUCUGCCAUGACCCCUUUAGUGGUCGUUGGCGUGGUAGGCACGACAGCACACAACCACUUUAGUGGCUCUUGGCGUUCAAAAGGUUAAAGUACCAAUAUAAUUUUGUUUACUCGGCCUUUAAUUGAUGCAAUAUCUUACAGGUAGGUUUAUCAAAACUGUUGUGAAUAAAAUGAACUAAACGAUUAAGUGAAGUUUUAAGCAACCUUUUAAGCAUUCUGAUAUACACACAGAGAAACAGUUCAUACACAUUAGCUUUGUCGAAUCAAUCCGCAGUGUCUAAAAAAUCAUAUAGAACAUUAAAAUUUGUGUUUAGUUAAUACCUUUGUAUGUACGUAAAACUAAAAUUAUUUGUAUGAAAUGCGGAGUUUCGCAUAAGUCAAAAUCUUGGAGCAUUUAGACAGGAGUCGCCUUUAAGUGCUUACCGCACUGCCGAAAACCUUUCACAAUCGGGCAUACUUUUGUAUGGACUGACGUUUAUCUGACAUGGCUAUUUUUACGUUACGUACAUAUUAUGGAAGGUAGAGUUAAGGAACGCAAUCUCCAUAGGCAGAACUUAUGCAAAAGUGUCCAGUGGUCAGCUAUAAAUAAUAGUUCCAAAUCUCUCCAGAGUAGCGCUAGAGUAGCUAAGAACCUAGGCGUUAUUGACGGAGUGAAGUGCGAAGUCUAUGAUUUGAUUUUUUUUCAGCUAUUCUAGGUAUUGUAGCGCCACCUAUUUAAGGUUUUUUGAUGACACUUUUUGUUAUAUGGAGAUUCCAUUCCUUAUCUCCACCUUCCGUAGUACAAAUAGCCAUACAUUUGACGUGCCCCUCCCCCGCAAAAAUCGGCGAACUGUUUUGUACAGGACAGACAGACUUCUGUCUAAAUGCUCUAAGGUCAAAGUACUGCUUAUGAUCUUAUAAUAUUUUUACUGUCCUACAAAUAUUGAGUUAUAAGGAAAGUCAUGUUUUUAAUAUAUUUUUCUGCACCUGUUAACAUAGCAUAUCCAAUGUUUGACCAUCAUUGUUAAUUUAGUAACAUUAUUAGUGCAUUUCCUUUCUUUAAAUGUUUAUCAUAUAAUAAUACUUAAUGCAAAUUAAUGAUAUAAAAUAUUUGAUAAAGGUUUGUAAGGUACUCACAGAGAUACAGACAACUAGAUAAUAUGUGUACAAUAUGUAUAUAAUAGUCAUAGACGGAAUCUUAGGUAUAGACGUUUGGUGUUUAGGUAUACUGUUGGUAUUUUUUAACUUAAAGCGAAUGUGUGCAAAUGUGAGUGUAUAUUUUGUUUAUUUAUUUAAUUUAAUAUUUUCUAUGUAUUUUCUGCUAGUUUCCGCUUUACUGUUCCUUUCUUUAUACGUAGAAGCAAACCGUGUAUUUACGGGCCCGUUACCGUAAAUUACUUGGAUCUUCAAAAGUUAACAUUUUCUUUUAAUUUCUUAACUUUGACUACAUUAUAAUUAUACAGAUGUUAAAUUAUACUUCUCCUAUAAAAUCAGAGUACUCGUAUUUAUCCGAAAAUGUCUGAAGCGAAAUAGUCAUAGUACUUAUUACCAGUCCAUGUACAUUAAUCUAAUAAAAAUAUUGGAGGUUUGAAAUUUCGCCUAAAAAUUAACCGAUUCUCUGUAUUUCCUUGUUUUCUGAUCAGGUCCGUCUGUAACCGCUUUUAUUAUGUACAAUAUUUUGUAUUUGCAUUAUUUGUCCCGAACUAGCAUGCUUGUUUGGGGAUCGAGUGUGUCGGUCAUUUUCUCGGCGAUGAGUUUAGACAUUGCCAGCUCUCGGUCGAGAGCACUGACUGGCUACUGUACGGUCACGGACUUUAUUUGUUGAUCCACGUAGGGUUCAAGCUAUUUAGUUGUCAGUACUAACGGUAUGAAAUGUCCAAUGUAAAGUGAACCCUAAAUGGCUCAACCAGUCCGUGACUGUGGAGGAACAUUCCAGAAGUCGGGUACGUGACGCUAUUUUUUUUUAACUUUCAUGAAGCUAAGCCGAUAUUAGGCAUGAUAAUGAUAACGUUCGAUAACUCCGCUUUAAAUUCAACGGUAUAUAAUACAGAUUUCUGCAGGUCAUUAAGGUAGCUGCCAUACGCGUCGCGUCCCCGAUAAAGUAGCCCUUUUUGUACUCAAGGCGUUAGAGCGAAAUUGAUGGUCGAGUUUUUAAUCCCGGACAUACAUAUUUAGAAGGGUAGUCCCUAAAUAUAAAUAAGAUUAUACUAAAAGUGAUUUGAGGCAAAUAAUGCGAUGCAAAAAUGUACACUCGGCUGUUCUGUACGGGAUGAAUAUACUGCCUGUUAUCGUGUAAUUUAUGUAGGUAUGAAGUUGUAGUAUUUAAUAUAAUAUUGUACAUUUUCGGUUAUUAAUAAAAACAUGUUUACAAA